GGGGCCGAGAAGAAAAGCAGCCAACGAGGAAGUUCUCGGGGCCGGUGCACGUUCAACUGUGCGGUUAUGCCACAACUGCACUAAUCACGUGCUGAUUGGAUUGGCCAACCAAACCGCCGCGAAUGGGAGCCCCGGAAACCCUCAGCGAUAUUUCUCUUUCAAGACGUGAACCUCAUCUUUGCUGCUUCUCUCCGCACUUCUCACAAUGGCAAGCAGAUGCACCUUCUCCGCGCUCGCUCGCGUCUCUGUCCGCCGCGCUGCGCUUCCGCAGUGCCAGCAGCAGCUGCUCUUCGCGCGUCUGAACUCGACCGCGGCAGCCACCCCCGUUCCCAUCCCCGAGACCAAGACCGAGCCAUUGAAGCGAUUCGACAUCAUCAGCGGUGCGCCCGUUGAUCUGUCGACAAAGCGCAUCGUCCGAAUUUACCAGCGCGCAAAGACAGCCAUGCAGAGCGGAAACCACGAGACAAAGGUCUGGCGACUGGACUGGGACAUCGAGCAGAAGAGCGCUCGAUGGGAAAACGACGUCAUGGGCUGGGCGAGCAGUGGCGAUUACAUGCAGGCCACCGAGGUCAAGUUCAAGACCAAGGAGGACGCCAUCCGAUUCGCGACCAACCAGGGCUGGGAUUACUACAUCCAGGAGCCUCACAAGCGUGACUUCCGGCCAAAGCAAUACGCAAACAACUUCCUGCACAGCCCUGGCCCAUUGAAGCACAUCCGCACGAAAUAAACAAUAUGUCUCCCACGCAUCACCUUUCUAUCAUAAGGUCCUUUUCUUUUUUAUCUUAUCUAGUCGUUUUAUUUCAUUUGUUUUUCUCAGAGUUCAUGGGGUUUAUAUAAUACAUUACACAG